AGCGAGAGGGAGAGACAGAGAGAGGUUUCGCCACUUCAGAUUUUCCGACAAAGGAAAAGGUUACGUGGGGGCGUCGGAGUCGAUCGUUGGAACCGUCGAAAAAACGGUCGUGACGGUGACGGAGUGCUUCUCAAGACUCGAGCUUGGGUCCCAGCAACUGCCGGGACGCAAACGCUGCUGACUCGUGACUUCCGGAGAAGAGAAAGACGGCAGAGCGACCGCAAAACCAUCGACUUCGUCGACAUCGUCUUUUCCCAGGAAUAACUCCAGCGAAAACCCAAGGAAGAAUCCUGUGGGCGCCCAUCAAACUUUGUCUUCUGUGGAAAAGGAAAAGAGAAAAGAAGGGACGCAAGUACAAACCCAUUUCCUGAAACUCCCUGACCAGUGACCAGUGACCAGUCUCCUCCAAAUUCGCGCUGAAUCGAUUCUUUAGAAUCCGACGCCCCGCUCUGUCUUCCGUUUUUUAUUUUCUCCCUUUUCUGCCUUCCAAAGGUCGUACCUUAGAGUUUUCUUUGGCUUGGCGAUAAGAAUCCCAGAACGAGCUUCUCCUGGCGAAAGCAGGCUUUUCGUUGUAAUGGGUGUUCCGGAUUUUCUCCUUCUCUCUCUCUGUUUUCUGUUCUUCUUGCCUUUGCGCGGUUCUGCUGUUCCGGUCCCGAGAUGGCUGCUUGGGGAGCAAACGCACGGAUCGGGUCUUGGAGCUAAGGCUGCUGGUUCUUCUGUUGCUUUUGAUCCGACCCGAGUCACUCAACUGUCUUGGAACCCCAGGGCUUUUAUCUAUAAGGGGUUUUUAUCUGAUGAUGAGUGUGAUCAUCUCAUCAAACUGGCGAGGGAAAAGUUGGAGAAGUCCAUGGUGGCUGACAACGAAUCGGGAAAGAGUAUGUUGAGUGAAGUGCGGACGAGCUCCGGAAUGUUUCUGCUGAAGGCUCAGGAUGAAGUUGUUGCUAAUAUUGAGGCUCGGAUUGCUGCAUGGACCUUUCUUCCUGAAGAAAAUGGAGAGUCAAUUCAAGUACUCAGAUAUGAGCAUGGAGAGAAGUAUGAGCCUCAUUAUGAUUAUUUUAUUGACAAGGUUAAUCAAGAGCACGGUGGCCACCGAGUGGCUACUGUCUUGAUGUACUUGUCUAAUGUGGAGAGAGGCGGGGAAACAGUGUUCCCCAAUUCAGAGGCCAAAAUGUCUCAACUAGAGGAAGAUGACUGGUCUGAUUGUGCCAAACAAGGUUAUGCUGUGAAGCCGAAGAAGGGCGACGCUCUGCUGUUCUUCAGUCUCCAUCCCGACACAACCACAGAUGAUACUAGCAUGCACGCGAGCUGCCCUGUCAUCGAGGGUGAGAAGUGGUCUGCAACCAAGUGGAUCCACGUCAGGUCCUUCGACACGCCACUGGAUUCAGUCACUGUCGGGGAAUGCAGGGAUGAAAACCAGAACUGCGCUUCAUGGGCGAAGGUCGGCGAGUGCGAAAAGAACCCUCUCUACAUGGUGGGCUCCAAGGACGUGUACGGAUCCUGUAGGAAGAGCUGCGGGGCCUGCUCAUCCUAGAGUUUCUUUCUCGUCGCGCUUUUGCAGAGUUGAGUGUAGAAGUUCCAUAGAGAUGUACACAUACACACAGCCAUUAAGGUUUGAGUAAUUUAUGCAGGGAGCAGCGUGUCUUGUACAUUCACAGUGGAGUUACAAAGUACUCUGUCAAUUCUCUCUCGGUCCACUGUGGUGCUUUGACAUGAAAUUGAUUUUUCGCUUGAGAAGAUUAAAA